UAAACAUUAAAUAACAUUCAAAAAAGUGUUGAGUUUUCCAAAAAUAUAACUGAUUUUAAAUAAUGAUUAAAUAGUAGUUAUGUUUGCAUUUUAUAUGUGAUUCACACUUACGUUAAGACAUCAAUACAUCUCAUCUUCGCGUAUAUAUGGCAUCAAAAGGAGCGCAAAAUGUUUAAACAAUGGAUCAAUUGUUGUCAAAACUCUUCGCCCUUCCGGUGGUUACUGAAGAGACGAAGACUUAUAGCACUUGUGGCCAUCAUUUGUGUCUGUUUUCUCAUCUAUCAGUUACUGUCACUCAAAGCGCUCAACGGCCAGAUGUCCGACAGUAUCGCACGGGUGGCCAAACACAUGGUCCACAAGUACUCCAACCAACACCCGGUGACCACCUCUGCUCCCGAGGCAGUGGUUGAUCGCAAUCUCGUCGAUCAGAUGAAGCAAUCGAUGGACACGAAUGCAAAGGAAGUGUUAAAUCAAAUUGAGACCAAUUAUGAUAUAAAUAAGUCAAUUGAUGGACACAUUGGACAGCAAUUGGUGUCAAUAAUUGGUGUUUUGCCUAAAUUUGCGACACUUUAUGCGAAGACUAGUGACUCGUUUCGGUGUGUUUUGUCUGGAGAACAGAUUCCAUACCAUUAUCUUAACGAUGAUUACUGUGAUUGUGUGGACGGAAGUGAUGAGCCCUCCACUAACGCCUGUCCGCACAAUAAAUUUUAUUGCACCGCAAACUCAGCCAAUAGUGAACAACACUUUAUAUCAUCGGCUAAAGUGAACGACGGAAUAUGCGACUGUUGUGACGGUUCCGAUGAAUACAAAGGCCUUUCCGCGCCAUUAAAGCUAACCGACAGUCAAAAGGAGACAAUUAAGUCGAGCAAAGGAAUUGUGGCGACGCCUCCCUGUCCUAACCGGUGUCCGAACCGUUGA